AUGGUCUCGUCGAGGCUGUUGACGUCGCCGUCGGCGAUGAAGUACGCCGUCUCGGUCCGGUGUCAUCUUGAUGGUUGCCCGCAAGAUGAUGCCCGUCAGGCCAUGCCGCCGAUCGUGCCCAGAACAAUCAACGACUUUGACGUGGUUGAAGCUACCUGCUGUGGUGGUUCUUGCCGUGGAUGUGUCCGAGCCGAUGGCGCCGCCGAUCGUGACCUGGCGAGUACCCGGCAGGACCGGAACCCUGAGCCGAACAGCCGAAACAGCCUUCAUCAAAGCUGGUCAGAUUCACCGGCGUCGACGUCACCAGAGCCAGGCGUCGCGAUCGGUGCGAUGAACGAUGCGGCUGAGAAUGCAUUCAUGUCGAUGACCAGCCCGCCGGCGUUCUGCGCCGAGGUCGCCAUGCGAGCGGCCGGGCCGCGCGCGAUGACGCCGCGUCGCAGAUGCGAUGGCUUGGAGAUUCUGUUCCACCAACCUGGGCGACGCGUUGGCGAUCACUUCCCAUCCCGGGGUGGACGCACCGCAAUGCCGGUGGUGGCGGCGGUGCGUCCCCAACCGGUGAGGAGUGCGGGCUUGGGUGUGGAGAGCCGGCUGCGGCGUCUCUUCUGCUGUCGUGGACAUCAGACGUUCAAGGCCGAGCCUUCUCGCCUUGCUUCAUCGCUGUUGUCGUGCUGUACGCAGUCGCCUGCGGUUCAGGUCGGGCUCCAACGCGCUGAUGGUGUAUGCCGACGAGUGGUGGCGCAUGCCGCUGGCGCUUCGAUCAUCGCGCAGGGCACCGCGACGGUUAUCAACUACCAUCGUUCAGCGGGCAGUGAUCUUCAAGAUCCGAUAACGGGCGCGGUUCGACAUAUCGCCGACGCUCGCGCACUCCGGACACCGCGUCAUGGCGCGGUGGUCGUCCUCGAAGUUGCGAGCCGCUACCGCGAGGAAUCAGCGGAGAUGAUCGCGGCCCCUGGUGAUCAGGCGCGCAUGUACGACCGACUGGGGUUUGCGGCGCUGACCUCACGAGUCGACGUCGCAUCUCGAGGUGGCCGAGGGGCGAUCUCGCUGCGUCGACUCUAUACCGACAAGAAGAGAGAGAGACGGCUGCCCGGCGACGCUGUGAACUGGCUGACCGUGCUCGAUCUCGCCGACCGUAACUUGGAGGUCGACGUCAUCUGGAGUCAAUUCCGACGCACUGGGCAUACGGCGAAGCGGCGAGAAGACGGGAUCUGGCGCGCGCGGAUCUCGCACGUGAACUGGCGUCAGCGCGGCGCCUCGGUAUCGGGUUCGCUGGGCGUCGAGACAUCCCGCGAAGAUUCCCGGGCCCGAGGUUCCGGCGGCGCCGUCGCUUCCGGAGGCACCGGCAUCAGCUCCCGCACUUGCAAGCCCGGCGUACAGGCGCAGCGCGGACGAGAGACCGCGCCACUGCGCCAGCGAACCCCGCUCAGCUCAGUCCGGUGGACUGCGCGGUCUGGGAACCAAAGGAAUAAUCGGCGGGCGGAGCGAAAGGUCACGAUCGUCGACGAUCUCGACGAAGUCGACACUCUUCGGUGCCUGAUCGCUUCUAAUCCUGGACAGAUGUCUCUGUUGCCGACAGUCAGUCGUAGGACCGGAACUCGAUACGGCGGGCCGAGUAUUAUCGAAUCGCAGGUCCUCUACAACGCUUGUGUCGAUGGAUGCUUCGGCCCG